AUGAGCGAGGAGGAGAGGUCUUCUGCUGCUCAUAUUUUGAAAGUUCUUAGAAAACAACCUAAUAUCAAUCUACCAGAAGGCAUCAAGAUACCAGAAGGACAUGUUUUCAAAUUUUUAUUAUAUGGAGCUGGUGUUCAAAAGUAUCAAUGUGCAACUAAUGAAACAACUAAAGCCAAAUUUUGGGCAUUUGUUGGACCAUCGGCCUAUCUUAUCAACGACAUUAAAAAAGAAAAAUUCAAAAAGGAGUAUAGAGUUGCAUACCAUUUUUUCCAAGAGAAACCUGUUAACGGUGGGAGACCAACAUGGAAAUCUAUUAUAGAAAGCGACAAAUCUUUGGUCAUCACCGCUGUGCGUUCUCAAGCACCUUCGCCUGAUGAUCCAGCAAAGAAUGUUCCAUGGCUAGUAACCCAAGCCACUCAUAAUGAAGGUCCAGGUGCUUUCUCUGAUGUAACCUAUAUACUUCGUAUUGCCACUUAUGGCGGAAUUGCACCACCAGCUAGUGAUUGUGGUACCAAAUAUAAAGAAGGUCAAGAACUUAGUAUUUACUAUACAACUCAAUAUUGCAGCGAAACCGGAAACAGUAGUAGUAGUAUUGGAAGAAAGAAUAGUGAUGGUCAUUUGAUUGCUGAAGAAUUGUUAACAAGAUUAGAAUUAUAUGGUGUGUGUAAAGAAUGUCUAAGGCCAAAAACAGGAUGGUUCUGGUGUCAGCCAUAUCAACAUAAAUUGAUCGAUGGUUUUUUGAAAUCUAUUCUACUUUCCGCCAAGUCGUAUCGUGACUUUGCACAAUGGAUCCCGUUCAAUCGUUUAAAGAAUAUUAAAUUUUUGUCAAAAGGUGGAUUUUCAACCGUUUAUACGGCAGUUUGGCUGGAUGGUUGGAUAUUAGAGUGGAAUCGGAUCGAUAAAUGUUGGUCACGAAGUGGCGAACGAACUGUUAUUAUGAAAGUUUUAGAAAAUUCUGUUAAUGCCAAUGAAGAAUAUUUGAACAAUAAGAUUAGGCCUUUGUUCGAAAGUAAAUUUGGUGUCAUUCGAUAUUAUGGAAACAAUUUACUUGGCAAGAAAAAAUGA